GGUGCUUAUUAUGAUUUAAGCAGAUUAUCUCUACCUAAUAAAAAUUAUUAUGUUAAACAUCCCUUUGUAUGAAAAACAUUUUGUGAUUAAUGUAUGCCGUAGUGUGGUGCCUGCACUAGAUUUUCUUUGUCCUUAUGCUUCUGGUUCCUGUUUAGUUGAUAUUUCAAACCAUCCUGGUGAUGUACCGGUAAAUCUUGGCACAGUUACUCAAGGACCAUAUAUGGAUAAUGGUAAGCUAAAAAUAAACUAUACUUCUGGAGAUCCUUGUGAUUCAGAAGGAACAGAAACUGAAAGAUUCAUGCAGACAGUUAUUGAAUUUAUUUGCAAUCACAACAGCAUAGAUAGCAAACCAGAAUUUCUAAGAAGCAAUGGGUGUACUUUCUAUUUUGAUUGGCAUACCAUAUAUGCUUGUGAAAGUGAACCAUCAAAGGUUGGUGGUAAUUGCACUGUUGAAGACCCUUUUACUGGGUAUUUGUUUAAUCUCUCAUCAUUAAAAAACCAUGGAUUAUUCAGGUAUGAAAAAGAUGAUCACCGAUAUUACCUCAGUGUGUGUGGUAGUGAUGAUACUAGUCCAUGUGGUGUUGAUUCUGGCAUGUGUCAGGAAGUAUUAACUGGCACAAAGCAGCAUUGGAGUGGUGGAAAGUUUAACAGUUACUUGAUAUAUAGCAAUGGAAUUGUGUUUUUAAAUUACAGUAAUGGUGACUUCUGUCAUAAUAGUCGUUUUACACGAAACACACUGUUAGAAUUUCAUUGUGGGCAUGGAAUAGGUGAACCUAAAUUUUUGCAUGAAACCCACAACUGUACUUAUUUUUUUAGUUGGGAAACUAAACUUGCUUGUCAAACAUUGUUACAUUGUGCUAUAAAAAAUGGAAGCCAGUAUUACGAUCUUACAAGCAUAGCAGCUACAUCUCAUCUUGCAGAUUCUAGUGUUUUAAAUGAUAAUACUUCAUAUUAUAUAAGCAUUUGUAACUCAUUAGAAAAACUACCAGAACUUUUAUGUCCUCCAGGGGCUGCAAUUUGUCGGGUUCAGAAUGAUGGUUCUACGGAACUUGCUAUGCAGAUGAUAUGGCCAUUGCCACAAAGUGCAGAUAUUGCUGUUCUUAAAUCUCAAAAGCAAGCCCAAAAUGUAGAAGAAUGGUGUAACACUUGGAGAGUAAAGAUAAAUGCUAAUAAAUCACAAUUACUG